AUGGUCAACUCCUGUUGUGGUUCUGUCUGCUCUGAGCAGGGCUGUGAUCAAAGUCCCAGCCAGGAGAACUGCUGCCAGCCCAGCUGCUGCCAGACUACCUGCUGCAGGACCACCUGCUGCCGCCCCAGCUGCUGUGUGUCCAGCUGCUGCCGCCCCAGCUGCCAGACCACCUGUUGCCGCCCAGUCUGCUGCCAGACCACCUGCCGCCCCAGCUGUGGAGUGUCCAGCUGUUGCCGCCCAGUCUGCUGCCAGACCACCUGCCGCCCCAGCUGUGGAGUGUCCAGCUGUUGCCGCCCAGUUUGCUGCCAGACCACCUGCCGCCCCAGCUGUGGAGUGUCCAGCUGUUGCCGCCCAGUCUGUUGCCAGACCACCUGCCGCCCCAGCUGUGGAGUGUCCAGCUGUUGCCGCCCAAUCUGCUGUCAGACCACCUGCCGCCCCAGCUGUGGUGUGUCUAGCUGCUGCCGUCCAGUUUGCUGUCAGACCACUUGCUGCCGUACAACUUGCUGUGGCCCCUCUUGCUAA